AUGGCCGCGGCAGCACGCGCUCUCGCUCCGCUCCUGGGCAGCCUGGGCCUCCUGCUCCUGGUGCUGUGCGCCAAAUCGGACUGCUGGCGGCAAGACGCCAAGGACCCGCUCUCUUCCGUGGGCUUGAGCAUCCGGUGCCGGGGCCUGUGGCGCGAGUGCAUCUUUGAUAACGUGGCCAGCCUCUGGACGUGUGACAUUCCCGUGUCCUAUCUCAGCGACCAUCCUGCUGUCCUCGUGGUCACUCGAGUCCUGGUGAUUCUUUCCGGCUCUCUGGUUCUUUGUGCGAUCCCUCCCUCCAUUGCAGGGAUGAAAUGCACCAAGCUCACGCAGGGCAGGCGCCUCCGGAAACACAACUUCUCCCUCACUGCUGGGAUCCUGCUCCUCCUGGGAGGACUAUCCGCAGCAGUUGCCGUUCUCUGGUAUGGCAUUGAUACGGUCCAGAAAUACAAGCUAGAGGUCGCCCUUGGCAUCCCUGGCGUGACUUACGAGCUUGGCUAUUCCUACUGGACGGCCGCUGCCGGUGCGGCAUGUGCUACCUCCGGUGGGACCUUGCUGAUCGCUGCGAGCUUCUCAGAGGCCCAGACGCCAAGAGAGGAGCGGAACUUCGUAGGCAGCCUUCCUGUGGCCAAAGGGCAGCAGACGUACCUGUGA